AUGGCGCAGUUGACUGCAACCACGUUUUCUACCGAUCCGGCUCUCUGGAUCUUUACCUCCCUGACCGCUGGAUCCUCGCAUAUCGUCACCGCUACAUCUCGUCUCGAAACCAUCCUCCGCGCCAACCGCGUACCCUUCAAAGCCAUCGACAUCGCCACCGAUGAAAAGGCUCGUAUGCUCUGGGGCCGCCGUGCCGGAAAAGACGCCUCUGGCCGCGUAAGGAAGCUUCCGGGUCUUGUGCAAGAAGGCCUCGUGCUCGGCGACAUCACCGAGAUCGAAGAAUGGAACGAAUACGGCGAGCUCAAGCAGCACGUUAAGAUCUACUACGACGAGUUUACGAUCCCCAACAUCAACAACAAGCCCAAGGAGCCUAUCAAGAAGAAGAUCAUCAAGAAGGUCCCUAAGGGCACGCUGUCGGGGAAUGCCUCGGCCUCCACCUCCGCAACCGCCCCCGCCCCUCCUCCAGCGCCUCCCCUGCCAAAGGACGAGAGCUCGACUCCCGCUGCUGCGAAGGACAAGUCUGUUGAGACACCUCGGGCCUCUACCGACAGCUCCUCUACAGUCUCUCACCGCUCCAUCGCCGAUGAGGCAGCUAAGAAGGCUAAGGAACUCCGGCUGCAGUCGUUGCGCGAUAAGGUCUACGGCAAGAAAGACGACAAGGCUGCUGAAGGCAAGAAACCCGAGACCGAUGCGUCAUCCGUGGCCACCACCGAAUCCGAAAAGAAAGUGGAGGCUGUGACAGACGCCUCAAAGACACCAGAGACGCCCCGGAAACCCUCUGUAGCUAGCACCGGCAGCGGCUCCUCGCUCCAGAACGCCAAGCCCGCCGGCCUCCAGUCCCCGACCACGGGCUCCUGGGGCGCCGCCGCCAUGACCACGAACCCCGAAGCCCUGCGCGAGACCCUGCAGUCGCCGACAACUGCCCGGUGGAAGCCCUCCGACGUUGAUAAGCCCGUAACGGUGCACAUGGGCGCCGCUGUGGCGUCCGCGUCUCAGGAGGAGAUUGCCGCGAUUGAGAAGGCCGAGGCCAUCCAGGAGGAGCCUGAAAAGGAGCAUUCCGACGAAGAAGUGUCGCAGAAGAAGAUUGCCGAGGUCGAGAAGGCGCAGGCCAUCAAGGAGGAGCCCGAAAAGGAGGUGGUUGAAGACUCUACCAAGGCCGCCGUGCCGCCAAAGGAGACGGCGCCGAAGGAACCCCCAGCGACCGAAAAAUCCGAGACCGCUACAAAGACGCCACAGCCGGAGGAUGACGACGACGACGACGACGAUGACGACGAUAGCGACGACAGCGACGACGACGUAAGUGAACCCGAGGCGAACCCGGACGAGGCUAAGGCGAGGUUGGGAUCAGAGGAAAAGGAUGCAAAGGCAAAGGCAGCUGAGCCCAAGUCUGGAGGAGAGUCCAAGUCUGAGGGAGAAGCCAAGUCUGAGGGAGAACCCAAGCCUGAUGGAGAGCCUGAGAAGUAG